GAGCAAUCAUCAGUCUAUCAAUUCAUUCGAUACAAGCAACAAUGAACGGACUACUACUUUCGGUUUGUGUCGUUGGACUGUGUGCACUCGCGUUGGGAGCGAGCAAACCAGAUGGAAGCAAACUCGACGAGGACAAAAACCAAGUCAAGAGAAGAAUUGUCGACACCGGCUAUGGGUACGGUUCCGGAUUCGGUCACGAGGCGAGUGGUGAUGACUUCCAACACGAACACGAACAGAAAGUCCUGUCUAAAACGAUCAUCAAGGAGGUAGCCCAGCCGUACCCGGUCGAAGUGGAGAAACACGUCCCUUACCCGGUCAAGGUCACCGUACCCGUGGACCGCCCGUACCCGGUGCACGUGCCCAAGCCGUACCCGGUGCACGUAGAGAAACCCGUCCCUUACGAAGUCAAAGUCAAGGUCCCGCAACCGUACACCGUGUACAAGCAAGUGCCGUACGAAGUCAAGGUGCCGGUCGACAAACCGUACACCGUCCACGUGCCCAAACCGUACACCGUCUACGUGGAGAAGAAAGUGCCAUACGAAGUCACCAAACACGUACCCUAUCCCGUCAAGGUGCCCGUCGACAGGCCGUACACCGUUCACGUACCGGUAGAGAAACACGUCCCGUACCCGGUCGAGAAACGAGUGCCAUACCCGGUCAAAGUACCGGUCGACCGCCCGUACCCUGUGACCGUCGAGAAGCACGUGCCGUACCCGGUCGACAAACCGGUGCCGUACCACGUUGAGAAGCCAGUGCCGUACCUGGUCAAAUUCCCCGUGAAAGUCGAAGUCCCAGUACCGUACGAAGAACAUGGUGAUCACGAAGGAGAACGUCAUCAAUAUGAACACGGCCAAAACAAACACAGUAUUCAUUAACGAUAGCAAUAUUGUAAUUUUUGCUAGUCAUUUUAUCUACAAUUUAAAUUGUUAUUGUUACCAAAUUAUCGUUUACUAUACCUAAACUUUGUUGACUUAUGUAAACUUGUAAAUUUAAAAUGAAGUCAAAAUAAAGACUUAUUUUUUAGUACAUA